AUGGCCCUGCUGUCCACUGCCCUCACCAGACAGAGACUCCGCAUAGACUUCGCGAGCCUGAAGCAUGCAUGUCCAAGAGGCGUUUACCUCGCUCCACAUCCAGACAAUCCUCUCCUCUGGCACGGCGUCCUCUUCAUCCGCAAAGGCCCAUACGCGAACGCAGUCCUGCGGUUCCAGCUUGACUUCCCUGACGACUACCCAUAUCGUCCACCGGUCGUGACGUUUCUAAGCGACGUGUUCCACCCGCUCAUCACCCCACUCAACACUUACACCUACACGGUGCGUGAUGCUGCCGCUGCAGACACGGUGAGCGCAGCCGACCGCGAUCGUCUCCCGCCUGGAGGCCUGAGCCUCCGACACGGCUUUCCGGAAUGGUUCGUCGUGCCAUCUGAGAACACCGCCGCCAACAGCGCCGAUCCUACCCAACCAGCCGCCCAAUCCGAAUCCCGAGCUCCUGCUCCUCAAACGCCCAGCGCUGCUCUCACUAUCGAAGUACUCCAGUAUCUCCGGGUGAUCUUCGACACCGAAUCCAUCCUGGACGCCGUAUCGCUGGAAGAUGCCGCGAACCCGGGAGCUUGGCAUGCAUGGAGGAGCUUCCGAUCCGGGCCCACGGCCAGCAGGGCUAUCCCGGCCGUCUCAUUCCCGCAUCCUUCGAGUAUGAGAAUGGCCAGAGAGCGCAGUAGCUCUCCACGGCAGCUCUCCGGGAGUGCGCGACGUCCUGCAGAGUGGAAUUGGCAAGGCGUGUGGGAAGACCGAGUGCGGAAAAGCAUCCAGGCCAGUCUCUCGGAGCACAUGCUCUACGCCAACGAGCACGAUGAUGCAAUUUGCUUCUCCAAGAUGGAUGAGCAGGUGGUGAGCGAGAUGAUGGCUGAGAGCAAAACACUCGCUGUUUGA